AUGGCUCAACAAGUGGUAUGCAUUCGUUUACAGAAUCCAGUCCCAUCAGUUCUGUAUUCUGUUCCUGAAUCAGCAACAACUGACUUUAAAGAUUAUAGUGAUGAAGUUCUCUCAGAAGCUGACAAAUUGAUAAUUGAUAACUUUAUAUUGGACAGUGAUUCAGGUGAAAGUGAACCAAAGGACCUCAGUGAUAAGACAAAUAAAAGUAAAACAAUGGUGGAACUUCUCACAAAUAAAAAUGAAUCUGAACUUCCGUCUACUAAUUCAACGACUGGACUUCAUACAAUAAGCAUAUUAAGUGAGUUAUCAUUGUAUCCGAUUGUAAAAGUAAAAAAACUAAAGCCAAAUCGAAGAAAUGAAGAAUCUUCACCUGCCAAACAACCUGUAAUGCAGAAGGAGCUUACCCCAGAUCAAAAAAAUGAACAAUCUCUAAUACAGGAAGUUCUGAAGCGGUACUUGUCACCUGAUCUUUAUGAAUGGUAUAUUGAAAAGAAAAGUAUACAUAAUGAUUUGAUGAAUCCGAAAGCCAGCACUUCUUCGCAAGCAAAAAUACAAACAAGCCAAAACCUCGAAGACGACAGUGUCCUCAAGGAGGCUUUGAGAACAAUUAGCUUUGUUGGGUCAUACAAGAUAGUAGCGCAAUACUUUGGUUUACCUUCUGGAGAAUACCUUCAUCUACAAACUAUAAAAGCUUCACUGUACUUUUAUGAACUAGAAAAUGCUGCAAAAAUUGCAAUACGUGAAUGUGGCAAACGAAUUGUGAAUAUAAGUGACUUGCCAGACACCAAUGCAAGCUUUGUAAACAUCUAUGAUCGGUAUGAACCGUGCUCAAAACCGAUGCUAACAGCAUACAGUCUCUUUCUCCAAGGAAAUGAUUUGCUCCAAAUAUCCGAAAUGCUUUUAAUUCAUCCGAUUUAUUUGCAACUGAUUAUUAAAUUUCAUGAAUUGACGCAAGAAGAGUAUUUGAUUACCGAAUUAUCGGAGAACAUAAAGGCUCAAUUGAAUCCUGAAUAUGUAUCAACGAAUAUUAGCCUUGCUAUUUCUCAACGCAAAAUUGGGGAAGAAAGUAACGAAGAAAGGCAAGAGAGACUGAGUCGCAGUGGAUAUGGCCUCAGAACCUGUGCUAAAAAGAGUUAUCGAGAGUAUUGA